GGUCUGUCAUCUCAGACAGUCAGAGAGAGCGAGAGAGACAGACGGCACACAGGCAGCAGGAUACAGGAGGUAUGUCAGAGGAUGUGGUUUCCCUGAGCUUGAAGAAUACUGCACAUACAUACUUUGAGCAUGACCUAACGGCAGCACGCAAAGUGUGUUUUCUGCGCUCUGCUAGCUGCCUGCCGCAGGAGGACUGAUCCGCUCGGGAUCCUCGCUUCUUGUUAUUACUGUGCCGUCACAUCCAACGGGAAACAUACCGCCGCUCUUGCGGUUCACACACCGGAUUGGGGAUCACUGACUCAAACUUGCAGCCUCCGCGUGUCGACAGCUCCACAACAGGCUUAAGUGCGCACUCGUUCGGCAGAGAUGGGCUGCGGGUUGAGGAAGUUCCGUCAGACGGAAGACAACAGUCCGGGAAAGAUUUACUCCACCCUCAAGAGACCGCAGGUGGAGAGCAAGAUCGGGGUCGCCUACACGUACCACCACGUGGACUUCCUGGUGGGGAAAGACGAUGGGACGUCCACGCUGUGCCUGUCCUCGGUGAGGGAGCUGCCAUCUCAGCUGCAGGAUCUGUACCAGCAGGGCUUCAUUCUAGCAGCUGUGCACCCCUUCGUCCACCCGUGCGGCCCCGAGCCCGCCAGCGUCCAGCGCCAGCUCUACCGGGCAGUGCUCAUCAAAGUCUCGGACAGCUGGGAGAAGAAUCCGGCAGACUUUGAGCCUUACCAUCUCAAACUGGAGGAAUGCAUGUCUGCAGACCAGAUUCCCACCACAGAGCACAUCCAAGGAUAUGUGAAGAAACAGAUCCAGGACGCUGCGGAUCAGGGCAUCGUGUUUGUGGGCUUCAUCCAGGAGCCAGCUGGCCUACGCCCACACGUGCUACGGCACGGAGAACCAGAGGAACCCUCCCUCUCCCUGCACUCCAGCCCCAGCUCGUUGCACGGCUCGGGGCUGACGCCCAGUCCCAGUCCCCUGGAGGAGCCGGAGCUGGGAGACGAGUCCGGAGCAGAGAACGAAGGGGAAAACUGGGGAGGUGAGGCUCUGAGAGAGGACGUGAAAGCUACUGAAGGUGGAGACGGAGGAGAUGAUCUCUCUGUUGAGAAAUCAGGAUCUGGUGAAACACAGCAAGGAGAUACACUAACACACAACAACAACGACACGGCCAAAAUCACAGACACAACCGAGAAACCCAGCAGGCUGGCCCUGACUAAGAGUGGAGCCGAGCUCUUUGGAUUGUUUAACUACCCGGGUCGGCGUGAGGGUCAGCUGAAGUACUACACGGUUAAAGUGCCUCUGCGAGUGCAGCCGCAGGGCGAGGGCAUCUGCACUCUGGAGGCCAACUGGCUCGAUCACAUGACUCAACACUUCAACAACGGAGCUUCACUAGUGGACGGAUACUUUCAGCUGGCCAGUGACAACGAUUUUCUCGUCAAGACUGUGGACAGCGUGUUUGUGUUCCAGGAGGGGGUGGAGAGCGACACCAAUGCGGCUGCUGCGUACGACGCUAUAGUGGUAGAACAAUGGACAAUCGUUGAUGGUUUACAAGUGAAGACAGACUAUAUUCCCCUGCUGCAGUCGCUGGCUUCAUUUGGAUGGAGACUCACUUGUGUGCUGCCUACACCCAUCGUCAAGACUAAUAGUGAUGGAAGUUUGGCCACCAAGCAGAUCAUUUUCCUCCAAAGACCAAUGUUGCCUCGCAAGAAGAAGGAAUCCAAGAAAGUCAUCUUUAAAGCACGGAACAAGUCCAACAAGAACUCGGUCAAAGACGCACCAAAGAACAAGAAGAAGAAAGACUCCACACCCACCGUAGAGAAAGAGAUAAGUGAUCAAAAGCCCUGUGAUGGAGCCGAGAAGAGCGCCGAUACAAGUGUGAAUGAACGACGGGAGGAAAACCAGAAUAAUGAGACUGAUGCUGAAGUGCAGAGUGAACAGAAAGAGGACGCGAACGAGACCGAGGAAGGGACGGUAGGAGCAGACAGGGAAAAACAAGAGGCGGUGGGCGGAAAUAGCAAGACAGACGGAAAUGCUAAAGAUGAGGUUGAUGUUAAAGAGGAAGAGCGUGGCGUGAAAACAGAAGCUGAAAUGGGGUCGUGUCAAGACAAGGCCUCACCUACAGCACAAGAAACAGGACGACAGGACGAGGAGGUGGACAAACAGGAAGACAGCUCAGCCAAUCAGGAUUGAGGACGCGCUCACACCCACCGAGCCAAUGGAAGUGGACCUCUGAAUGUUCUAAAUGCUACCCUGCAAAAAAAAUCACUUUGCUAAUCGAUAUUUUGUCUUGUUUUCCAGUAUCUAAACAUCCUUAAAACAAGUUCAAUAUACAAAACAAGAAAGCAAGAGUUGUUUUAUUGAUCUUUAGAUACUCAAGCCAAAACUACUGGCUGAUGUCACGUAGCUUAUGGUUUAAGACAGGUACACUGUCGCGCAAAAACCUCACUUGACAUUUCCACCUCUUGUAACCAAUCCUGAACAUUUAACUCACCGCUGGUGAGCGGGCGAUAACAUCCCUUCCCCAUCAAUGAGCAGAAAGGACUCCGGUAUCCAGGAAGAGGGAGGAGAGAUGGGAAGAGAUUGUUAUCGGUAAAUGCACUGGAUGGGAAAACCACAUUAAUAUUUACUCAAUGAGCCCAGAGGGCCGAGAAAGACUCAAAGACGGCAUCUCAGACGCACUCCGAGGAGAAGGUUACUGUUGCGAGAAGCAAUCUAUUGUGAUGUUAGGUGCAUAUGUUUGUGUAUGUUUUUGUUUACGUUUAUAUGAAUAUUUCAUGUCACCGUCCAAACAAAAGAGUCAGAUUCUCGAAAUUUAAGAGAAGAUUCGCACCUGGCAGAGAAACAUAGUGGGAUUUUACUAUUAAGUUUGUUGUGCAGUAGGGGCGACUUUUUGUUGGUUUGGUUGUUAGCAUUCAGAGCGGAUCCACCACUGGUUUAAAGGAAUAACUCACACAGAAAUGAAAAUUCUGUCAUCAUUUACUCACCUCAUGCCGUUUCAAAUAUGUAUGACUUCAUGGCAAAAGUAGAAUACGUGAAUGAAGACUCAGGCUGUUUGUAUGGAAGCCAAUUUCUGCCACAUAAGAAAAACAACAAAAAAGUCAAAAUUAUGACACCAUAAGUCUAAGGGCAGACAUUGACAAAAUGUCAACACUGAAAAGUAAAACUCAUAAAAACACAACAUUUUGACACACUAAGAGAUAAAUAGUAGAACUUUCCAUAAAAGUCAACACAGAUUAAAAAAGCCAUAAUUCUGACAUUAUGAGAUAAAACGCCAUGAUAAGUAA